GACAUCAAACGGACAGAACAGGUGGAAAACGGUGGGCCAUCUACACAACUGACUUUCACCGGGACCAAACGGUUCGAAGGAUCCGCUUUAUUUCCACUUACUUCCACAUAUAAACACAGCCAUUUUUGUGGCAAACGGAAGUUUUAUCUUGAAGGAUUUCACAGGAAGCCCGGCGUUUCAUUUUCGCGCGCUUGUGAUCCAUUCGGAGCGCAUUGUGUCCGGGAGUUUGUUGCUGCUGCUGCUGCUGCCAACCAGCGGUGGUCCGCUCACUCCAGAUACCGCUGCUGCAAAGGGGUCGUGGCGUAAAACAGCGUCCAGCCUGGCGGUUGUCAGCAUUUGGUUUCCUUCAGGACAAGGACGGCCAGUCGUCCAGAGUCGACGGUAAAACUUGAUGUGCCUGUGAAUCUGAAGCGUUGCGGUCAUGACGUCCUGCGGUGCCUCGGCCGCCGUGCCUCCAUGUUUCCACUACGAAACCAAAUACAUCGUGCUGAACUUCCUCAGAAAGCUGCCGGCCCACAGAUCAAGGAUCCCAACUACAGAGCUAGGAGACGCCCAGGAUGAGUGGGAGAGGAGCAGACGGAUGAAGCAGCAGAUCGACGAGGAGCUGAAGCAGCUGGAGCAGGAAGUCAAUGACUCGUUUUCCGAGUCGGACUUCGACCUGCGCCAGUCGGUGGUGUUCUGCCCGCCGAACCCGGACAACUCCGUGGAGGAGUGCCUCGCCGCCUUGGGGCACGGCGUGUCCCAGGAGCUCGGCCCUCACCUCUCCGCCGGCGUGGAGGAACUGCUGUCCGGUGACCUGGACUACCAGAGGUUUCAGCGCACGGCUCUGGAUCUCAUCAGCCACACCGAGUCGGCCUGGAACACGGCUUUGGUGCCGCUGCUGCUGCUGCGGGCGCUGCUGUUCGAGGGGAAGCCUGUGAAGACGCUGCUGCAGCUGGGGCUGCGCUGCCUGCAGGAGGACAUCAUCGUCCAGCAGGGAGGAUGGGGUAAAGUUCUGAGCCUGGACCAGAACGAGGAGGCUGCAGCGGCCGUCGCUGACGACAGCAACGACAUCUACAUCCUGUCGGAGGAGCAGCAGCCCGACACGCUCUGCACCGGAGACAGAGGCAAGCCGAGCGCCUGGCAGACGGACAGCCUGCCGGCGUCCCUGGGCGGCCACGAUUCGUGGGCGCAGGUCGAUCCGAUGGACCCCGAAGACGUGAAGGACCUUCACGGCGGCGAGAGCGUGGCUCUGGCCGAGGAGCGCAGCGAGAACAACUCCUCCAACUCCGACAUCGUCCAUGUGGAGCGGGAGGAGGCGGAGCUCCUGGAGGAGGGCGGCGACGCCGACGGCGACGCCAUCGAGGAGAGCAUGAUGAGCCUUCUGAUGACCGAGAGCGACCUGGCGGCGCUGCGGGCCGAGUUCGGAGACCCGGUUCUGCACACUCUGCCGCCAUCGACCCUGGUGCUGCCGGAGGAGCCCGUCGUCAUGGAGACUCCUAAGAGUUUGUCCCCAGGGGCAGAAGCCCCGCCUCCGGUUCCUGCAGUAGAACCCGACCCGGAGCCAGAACCCGCCCCAGUGCCUGUCCAGGUGGAAACCACGACUCGGGCCGAGGAAGUCCCGCCAGAACCCGAAACCCCGCCGGAACCAGCGUGCACCCCAAAGCAGAACACUGAGCCUGAACUGGAACCAGAACCAGAACCGGAUUCCUCUGUGACCCUUGUGCCAGAGGUACUGGCUGAAGAGGCCCCGGUUCUGAAGGUCCCCAAAGCGUCGCCCCAGGACCCGGCGAAACCAAAACCAGAACCGGAGGAGGAGUUCCCGGUUCUGCUGUAUGGCGGAGCGGUUCUGGUUCUGGUCGCCGCGGUGACCUUCGGCGUGAUUCUGUUCAGGAGGAGGUAGAAAUAUGUCCAGGUCAAAUAAAUGUUCUAUUCUUGAUGUAAAAGCUCCGUAGUGCCGGGUUUCUCUAGUCGGCCCGGUCCAGAAGAACCGGGCCCUGAAGCAGGAUCGUCUCCUCCUCGCUCUCUUCUGUCCGUUUCUGUCUCUCCUUUGAUGAUUUUUCUAACUUUUUCAGCAGCAAAAUGGGAUUUAAAUUUUUUUGAAAAAUGAAUAUUGAUGAAAUAUUUUGUUUUCUGAGAAUCCGGGCCGGAAGUUCUGGCAUGAAAAUGAUCCGUCAUGUUUCACUGCACAUGCAACAUGGGUUUUGUUUUUUGUGAAUAAAAUCUUAGUUUUUCCCCCCA